AUGCCAAAAUGCGGGGUGCUGAAGAAGUACACGAAUUUCAUGAACGGGUACCAGGAUCGGUAUUUCGAGAUUCGGAACGGCCGGAUCGCGUAUUUCUAUUCGAAGGCCGAUCGGGCGAAUUGCCGGGGGCAAUUCUCGAUGAAGAACGUUCUCGUUGAGGCUCACAUGGACAACAGCCGGGAUCUUAUCCUUCGCUUCCCGGGUGAUAUAGUGUGGUAUCUACAGGCAGAAGAUGCUGUCGCGAGAGAUCAAUGGCUCAAAGCACUCACCAAAGAACAUGUCGACUCGGAUUAUUCGAGUGCCUCUACAACCACGCAUACACAUUCAAGGAACCCGUCAAUAUCGUCGGCCACCGAGCUGAGGCUGCCCCUCGAAAAGAAUCUGCCAUUCGGGUGUUUUGACCACGUUCAACUUCCCGGAAAUUACGAACUACACGCCGAAGUGGAGGAGAUUACCAUGCAACAGCUACGAUACGCGAUGGAGGGGGUCGACAACUCGACGUGGACAUUAUUCGCUGAAGAUGGACAGAUGAAGAUGUUUAAGAGGGAAGUAGAGAUGGAUGGACUUCCUGUCGAUCCAUUGAAGGCAUUGCAUCAUGUCAAGGGAGUCUCAGCCCUUGAAUACAUGCACUACUUCUUCGACCCUCGCUACAAGAAGAAUUGGGAUCACACGCUGGAGGCAGUGUCUGUUCUCGAUAAUCCCUCACCCGACACGGCCCUCCUGCAUCAGAGACACAAAACGAUCUGGCCGGCAGCUUCGCGAGAAUCCCUCUUCUGGACGCAUAUCCGGCGGGUUGACGCGAUGAAAAGCCCCGAUGCGGCCGAUCUGUAUAUCGUCUGCAAUAAGGAUGUGAUCAGAGAAGAUGUUCCGCUGGGCACGUCGUCCUCAGUUCGCGUCAAGCUGACCGUGUCGAUGGUGUGCGAGACGUUGAUCGCUGGGAAUAAACCCGCGGCCGACUGCACCCGUGCCGACGUAUCCUGUCGUAUUCUUUACGUUUCAUGCGUACAUCCGGGUGGCUGGGUGCCAACGGCAGCCCUUCGCACCGUCUACAAGAAGGAAUACCCCAAAUUCCUGCGAACAUUCACCGAAUUUGUACUGUCAAAUGUUAAGGAUAAGCCCCUGGCCAUG